AUGGCUGGAGCGAGUGCCGUUGGUGCUUCCUAUUCAAAGAAAAUAGCCUUUGUUUAUGUCUUUAAUUUAAUUGUCGGUGUGGGUGCUUUGGCAUUACCUUUUGCAUUCCAUCGGGCAGGAAUUGUGUCUGGAGUGUUGGUGCUAGCAUUGAAUGCAUUCAUGGCCUUUAUUUGUGUUACUUUUGUCAUUGAAGCCAUGUCUUCGUCGAACUUUAUGUUGAAACAAGAGCGACAAAAAGAGGAACAAACGAGUUUAUUGACUCAUGAUGAUUCCAUGUCUCUAAAUAGUAUGGAAAACAUUCAAAAUUUAACAAAGAAAAAGAAGAAGAAGAAAAAAUCAGAGUUAGAAGAUACACCAGAACUCAUUUCUUAUGCCACAAAUCCAUUCUCAAUUUUGGAGAGAACUGAGAUUGGAAAAAUGACUGAACAAUUUUUAGGAAUUGUUGGAAAAUCAAUCUUUUAUAUUAUCAUUAUUGUGUACUUGUUCGGAGACUUGGCAAUUUAUGCAGUAUCAGUUCCAACUUCCCUAUUGAAAGUGACUGGACCAAUGUUUGGAUUGUCACAAAUGGGAACGUACUAUAUUUACUUGGGAAUAUUUUCUUGCGUGGUUGUUCCUUUUAGUUUUUUCAAUUUUCAAAAAACCAAAUAUCUCCAAUAUACUACUCUGGCAACAAGAAAUAUUGCAUUCUUCUUGAUGAUCUUAUUGAGCUUAAUAUUUAUUAUUGAAGGACAUGGAUCUGCUAGAAACCUUGAAAUUUUCAAUCUCUCUAUGGAACGAUUUUCAAAGUUGUUCUCUGUGUCAAUUUAUGCCUUCAUGUGUCACCACUCUCUUCCUUCCAUUGUUUCACCAAUUAAGGAUAAGAGAAGACUAACGUUAAUGUUUUUAUUUGAUUUUGCACUCAUUUUCUUUUCAUACGUAUGCUUGUGCUAUGUUGCAGUUUUCGCCUUUGGAGACCAACCCUUCGAGAAGUGCUCAAAUAGACUCAGUGAUGGUCCUGCAUGUCAGAUUCAACAACUUUUUACUUUGAAUUUCACAACUUAUCGAUACACAAUCAUUGCAGCUUUUUUAGCUCUAUUUCCUGUAUUUACAUUGACAAGCAAUUAUCCUCUUAUCGCUAUUACUUUGAGAAACAAUAUUCAAAUUUUGUUUGAACGAGUGAAGAUUGUGCACAACUGGAAGUACAAUUCCCUUCUGUUUUCAGCUAUUGCUGCAAUUCCUCCUAUAAUUUUGGCAUUUGUUUAUCAAAAUAUCCAAUUACUUGUGUCCUUUACUGGAGGAUUUGCUGGAUUGUUUAUUCAAUAUGUGUUUCCCACCUUACUUGUAAUAUUUGGUCGAAGGAAGACUUCAAAUGCAGAGUCUUCUGUGUCGGUGCAACCUCUUGACACAAGACUCUCUGCUAAAGUCAUUCGAGUUGCAAAGUCUUGUGCCAUGUAUUUGGUUAGCAAGCCGGCUGUGGUUUCAGAAAAUCCCCACUCCAGUCCGUUUUAUCAUGGAUUUUGGAUCGUUGGUAUUUUAAUCUUUAGCCUUUUUGCUUUGAUUGUCAAUAGUUAUGCUCUCAUCAAAUGUGACAUUUUGGACAUGUGUAAAUAG